GAGAAAAAGGGAAGAAAAGAAGAAGAAGAAAGGGGGAGGUCGUCAGUGGAAGGGAUUACGCAUUGUGAGAACCAUGUCCAUUUGCUGCUACUAUUAUUGGGUCUGAAAAGCAGUAUCUGCAGUACCAGGGCCCUUAGUUAACCAGACUGUGUGUUUUCUUCCACACCAUGAUGAUCUCUGUUGGUAGCAGCUGUUGAAGAGUGGCUUAAAGAGAGAACAAUCACGCAUGAAGAAUGACUGUCUACAGCAACAGGCCAACAGCAGGGUGGCCAGCCACCUCUCUGAGGUCCUCGCCAUAUCACUGUGUCUCUCUGAUGCUCAGAGGAACCUUUUUAAUGAACCAGUGACAUCUGUACCUCUGUGCGCUAACCACGGGGAGAGGCUCAGAAAAUGGAUCAGCGGACUAUCACAAUGCGGUGUCCUUGUAUGCUGGACUUAGUUAUUAUCCUGUCCUUGACAUCAUGCUGCAUGUUGAGUGAGACGAGAGCUCCACACAGUCUGGAGCCCGACCACCAGCUUGGCCAGGGGUCUCCCAUCACAGCUCUACACCAGAGACUCAGACGAGGCUGGAUCUGGAAACAGAUUUUUGUCCCAGAGGAGGACCCCACUCCAAGCGUGAUUGGCCAGCUAAAAUCAGACUACGACAGAGGGGAUUUCUCUAUCAAGUAUAUACUGUCGGGGGAAGGUGCAGGGGAGAUGUUUGAGAUUAAUGAAUAUUCAGGAGAGAUCCGUACAUUGCAGAAGCUGGACCGCGAAGAGAAGGCCUUCUACCUCCUGCAGGCUCAUGCCCUUGCUCGGAAGUCCAACGAACCCGUGGAGCCCCAGUCAGAGUUCAUCAUCAAGGUCCAAGACAUCAACGACAACAUCCCCGAGUUCCAGAACGAGCCCUAUGUCUCCAGCAUCCCUGAGAUGUGUCCCAUGGGGACUAUCGUGGCCCAGGUGACAGCUACAGAUGCUGACGAUCCCCUGUUCGGAAACAAUGCCAAGCUCAUCUACUCCAUCCUACAGGGGGAGCCCUACUUCUCUGUGGAGCCCAAGACAGGCAUCAUCAUGACCUCGAUGGCCAACAUGGACAGGGAGGCUAGGGACCAGUAUCUGGUGGUGGUGCAGGUGAAGGAUAUGCUGGGACUGAGCGGUGGUUACUCUGCUUCCACCACUGUCACCAUCAGCCUGACGGACGUCAAUGACAACGGACCCACCUUCCAGCACAACAUGUACACCUUUGCUGUUCUGGAGUCUGCUGCGGUGGGCACAACCGUGGGCAGGAUCAUGGCAGACGAUGGUGAUGUGGGCAUCAAUGCCAGGAUGAACUACAGUCUAGAGGACCUGGAGGAGAGUGCCACCUUCAAGAUCCAAACGGAUCCAGUCACACAGGAAGGAGUGGUCCUCCUGGCCAAGCCUCUGGACUAUGAGAGCAAGCGACGGUUUGUAAUGUCUGCGAAGGCUGUCAACGAUCACAUAGACACCCGCUUUCUGAGCUACAACGAGUUUCAGGACAAGACGACCCUAAAGAUCGUCGUCGAGGACGUGGAUGAGCCCCCUAUCUUCAUGGCGCCCGAUUAUGAGUGGAAGGUUCUGGAAAAUAUGGUGGCGGGGACCGUGGUUGGUACCGUUAGCGCCAGAGACACUGAUGCAAUCAACAACCCAAUCAGAUAUUCCAUUGACAAAAGCAGUGAUAUCACAAAAGCUUUCAAAAUAGACCCAAACAAUGGGACUGUAACUGUUGCGAAACCUUUGGACCGCGAGGAAGCAGCCUGGCACAAUCUAACCAUAAAUGCCAAGGAAACAAAGCAGAACCAUCUAUCCUCAUCUGUGGUGGUGUUCAUCAAAGUGCUGGACAUAAACGACAAUGCGCCAAUGCUUGCCAGAGAGUACCAGCCAUAUAUCUGUGAGGGCACACAGUCAGGAGAGCUCAUCCAGCUGAUCAACGCUGUGGAUCUGGACGACCCUGUGGAGGGACACCACUUCUACUUCUCCAUGGUCCCUGAGAAGAACAUCAACCCUAAUUUCACAAUCAGGGACAACCAAGACAACAGUGCUAGCAUCCUGGCACGGCGGAGCUCAUUCACCCGUAGGGACCGUGCCCAGUACCUGCUGCCCAUGGUGGUGGCGGACAGUGGCUCCCCAGCCCUCUCCAGUACCAGUACCCUGACCAUCAACGUGUGCAGCUGUCAGCCCGCCGGACACUGCCCCACAGGCGGGGUGGAGGCCCUGGCCAUCUCUAUUGGGGUCAGCCUACAGACCCUGCUUGGAUUCCUGGUCUGCCUGGCAACACUCACAGUGCUGUGCAUUGUAAUGCUGAUGCUGAGGAGACACCGGAGGAAACAGCUGGAGGGGCUGGGGAGAGCGGAGAAGGAGCUGGAGCUGCCUAAGGGGGUCUCAGAGAAGGUGCUGCACUACGGAGAAAUAGGAGGCGGAGGAGGGGGUGACCUGGGGGGAUUCUGUCAGCCUGCUGUCCCCCUUCGUCCCCACCCCCGCAGGAGGGACAGGAGACUCCGCAGAGAGGAGGUGGCAGCCAGUAUCAGAAUGUCGAUGUCUCUCCGCCACUCCCUCCUCAUCGGCCCCGAGGACGAUGUCUUUAAACAGUUCAUCAUGGACCGGCUAAAUGAAGCAGAUCAGGACCCCUACGUGCCGCCAUUUGACUGCCUGAAGACCUACGCCUUCGAGGGCACAGGGUCGCCCACGGGGUCCAUUAGCUCCCUAGAGUCAUGGGACUUUGUGGAUGCUGACCAAUGUCCCCGGGACCCCGGAUCACGCCUCGUCAGACUGACUCUCUGGCAUGGGGGAGCGGAGGAGGAGACAACCUUCUGAACAGCUAACAUUUGUUUGACAUUUUUUUAUUUAAUUAAUUUAACGUAAUAACAUAUAUAAUAGUACAGCACAUCCCUGAACUCAAUUUUGACAUCCUGAUGAAAGAGACAAAUAAGUUCAUGUUUUCUUCCCCUGUAUGGUUGAAAACAGUGGAGCUAGCUGUAAUAAUUAUUAUCAGUGUUAUGACAGUUAUAUGUUUUUGUUGAACAGGCAGUUUCUUGAUAUGUUUUUUAACAGUAUUUAAAGCAACAUAACUUUCUAUACGUGACCUCAUUCUGCAUUAGUUCUAAAGAUGGGUAACACAUUCUAGUAUUUGAACCUUCAUGACAGUGUCAUAAGCGCAUCAUAAGUUUCUUGACACAUGCCAGAACUUACUUGGCAGAUGAAUUAGAUAGGACCUGUAGCUACACAGCAAAUUCUCCAGUGUGAGAAAAACCAAAUGAACACUGAGAGUGUUACAUCAACACUUAAAGUGGUCAGUCUGUGGAACAGUGUUAAAAUAACACACUGCUUAGUGUAAAUCCUUAUUCCAAUAUUUCCCAGGGUGCCUUGUCUUUCGAGUAAAUUGUAUAGUUACCACCCAUGACUGUAUUUGUUAGUGACAGAGACAUGGUUGUUGUAUUCAUCCAUUUUUGGUCCUAUAGGCAUCACCAAGUGACAUCCUAUGCAAAUAUGUUAUAAAAAGUUAUCUUUAACACAACAGCAUACAUAUAUCAUAAGGCCUUAUUUUGAGAGUUUCACCCUAAUACAAGUGCCUGAAAGUCCUACACAUCGCUUUAAACCAAAACCACGCCCAUCAUUAUCAUAUUGUUUGUUUCAAUAUCUGUUUGUGGAUGUACAUUGAUUGAUUGAUUAAUUAAUUAAUCUUAUGCUACUCAAAUAUGAAACCACAAACAUUUUCUAAACUAAUCCAAUAUGUUACUUGGGCUUAUUGCACCCCUAGGGAGUCUCAUGGCUUAGUUUUUCCCAACCAGUCAUUCUUAAUGCAUUUUGAGGGUGACAAGAAAAUGCGACAGUUGGAUAUCCCCACACUGGCUGGAUUCCAAUUGGAAUUACACACACUUUGCAAGCCAACAUAAUGUGACUUGCAUGCCUAAUGUGGCCUGUAAACCAUGAGUUCCAGGCCAUUGCAUUACACACUCUUAAAAGGUUGUCACUGUAGUUCAAGAGUGUCAAACUCAUUCCAUGGAGAGCCUAGUGUCUGCAGGUUUUUCUUUUUUCCUCUCUAUAAAGCCCUACACAACCAAGUGUGGGGAGUUCCUUACUAAUUAGUGACCUUAAUUCAUCAAGUACAAGGGAGGAGCAAAAACCCACAGACACCGAGUUUGUACCCUGUAAGGCAGAACUCGGUAUCGGUACCCCCUGUAUAUAGCCUUUAGUUAUUGUUAGUUUAUUGUGUUCCUUUUUAAAACACUUUUUUUACUUGAGUUUAUUUAGUAAAUAUUUUAUCAACUCUAUUUCUUGAACUGUUUAAAAAAAAUAGAAUAAAAUAAAUUUACCCCUUUUUCUUCCCAUUUCGUGGUAUCCAAUUGGUAGUUACAGUCUUGUCUCAUCACUCCAAGUCCCAUACGGACACAAGAGAGGCAAAGGUCAAGAGCCGUGCGUCCUCCAAAACACGACCCAACCAAGCCACACUGCUUUUUGAUAUAAUGCCCACUUAACCUGGAAGCCAGCCACACCAAUGUGUCUGAGGAAUCACUGUACACAUGGCGACUGUUCCAGCGUGCAUGCGCCUGGCCCGCCACAGGAGUCACUAGAGCGAAAUAGGACAAGGACAUCCUUGCCGGCCAAACCCUCCCCUAACCUGGACAACGCUGGGCCAAUUGUGCCCUGCCCCAUGUGUCUCCCGGUUGCGGCCUGGCUGCAACAGAGCCUGGACUCAAACCAGGAUCUCUAGUGGCACAGCUAGCACUGCGAUGCAGUGCCUUAGACCACUGCACCACUCAGGAGGCCGCAGUGUUAAGGGGCUUGUAAGUAAGCAUUUCACGGUUAGGUCUACACCUGUUGUAUUCGGCGCAUGUGACAAAUAACAUUUGAUUUGAUUUUCCCAAACUCAGUCCUCGGGACCCCAAGGGGUGCAUGUUUUUGUUUUUGCCUUAGCACAGCUGAUUCAAAUAAUCAACUAACCAUCAAGUGAUCAUUUGAAUCGGCUGUGUAGGUCCCGAGGACAGAGUUUGGGAAGCGCUGCUGUAAGGUCAUCCUUUGUACCUUUAGUUAUAAGUGUAUAAUUGCACUCCAGUUCCAGUGGCAGUCAGUGCAGUUUAAGAUGAGGACCAUUAUAUUUUUUAUGAUCAUGGCCUUAUUUCUAUUGCAGCAAAUUGGAUGACUGUCAUUCAUAUUCCUUUCACCCAGCUCAAUGUAACAUUGAUAGUUUUAGGCAAGGGUUUCCCAAACUCGGUGCUGAAGCCCCCGACCCAAGUACUACACAGCUGAUUAAAAUAACCAGCUCAUCAUAAAGCUUUGAUUAUUUGAAUCAUCUGUGUAGUGCUAGGGCAUAAACCAAAAUGUGCACCCAGGGAAGUCACCAGGACUGAGGUAGGGAAACCCUGGUUUAGGCCACUACAUGAUACUUGACAUUUCCUUAUACCCAUGAGGUUGCUACAACCUAGCCUAUGGAUUAAAAUUUACUAGGUAGAUGCACAGGUCGAGAGAUAUUUGAGUAAUCAAGGUGACAGACAUUGACGCGUUUAAUACUGUGUUGCACACUCUUGCCUGCAUCUAGCUGAUCUAGGGUGUAAUCGUUAGCCAUCAGUUGCAAACAAUAGUGUCAAUUGGACAAAUUCUGGUAUGUUUAUCCCUGUUUCUUUUAGUUUGUUGGAAAAUGUUCAUAAACGGAAGCAGAAUCGGCGGAAUGAAUACACCCCUGAUCACACUCGAGCGUAGUUCCCUUUCAUAGCAGCCACAUACAAACAGCAUGAUCCCUUUGAUCGUUGUAUAAUUCCACCUCGUAUCUACGCGCUCUCCUAUUCUCACCUUUUCCCUUAGCUUGUGGACUUCAGUGCACAACACAUCAGCAGUCUGUGACCAAGUGAAAAAACCUCACUUAGCCAAACCUUCAUAUCAUAAAUGCUAACCUCUAUACACAGCCUACAUUGUCGUCACAAUAUUAACAUCAACAUACUGUAGCAACUAGAACUAACGUGUUAGUAAACCCGCUACAAUCAUGCAGUACAGUGUACAGUCAGCAGCAAGCAGUUUCAAAGUUACACAGGUAGGCCCCUGUGGCAAUAAAUAAAUAAAACCUAAAGCUUACCUUGACUUGGAAAAGUUCCAGUGUUGGAUAGCCAGCUAGCUAACAUAGAACUCCUCUCUGUUUGAACCGGGUGUUUGAGUAGUCUAAACUAGCUAGCUGCAUUCGCUAGCUAAGUAAGUGAAAGUGAAAAAAUACCAAAAAAGUAUAGCUAGCUCUCUCCUUCACUCUCUUUCUUUUCCUUCAUUAAAAACAAUAUUUGUCAAAACUGUUCAACUAUUGUCUUUCUCUCUUUCACCAUAUUAUUCACUGCAGUGCUAGCUAGAUAUAGCUUAUACUUUCUGUACUAGAUUCAUUAUUUGAUCCUUUGAUUUGGUAGACAACACGUCAGUUGAUGCUGAAAGAGCUAUGAUAGGUUGGAGGACAUCCUCUGGAAGUUGUCAUUAAGUCUAUUGAAUGGGUUGAGAACUACGAGCCUCCUAGGUUUUGUAUUGAAGUCAAUGUACCCAGAGGAGGAUGGAAACUAGCUGUCCUCUGGCUACCAUGGUGCUACCCUACAGAGUGCUGUUGAGGCUACUGUAGACCUUCAUUGCAAAGCAGUGUGUUUUAAUCAAUUAUUUGGUGACGUGAAUAUAUUUAGUAUAGUUUUAUCUAGAAAUGAUCACUUUUAUAACGUUUCACUAUUUACAUUUUAUGAAAUUCACUGAGGAGGAUGGUUCUUCCUCAUCUGAGGAGCCUCUACUACCCAGUUCAUACCUCAGGCAACCCCAGGCCUUGAAGUAGGGUUGCAAAAUUCCAAGGACCUAAAAACUGGUUGAAGGACUUCAAAUUUCCAGCUUCCGUUUUCAGGAAAGGACAUCUGGAAAAAAUUGAAAUUUCUGGAAAGUUGCUAGAAUUUUCCAACCCUACCUGCAAGUCACAUUAUGCUGGCUUGCAAAGUGAUGUGUAAGUCCUAUUGAAAUCCAGCCAGAGUUAAGCGAUCCAACAGUUGGACUUUUUAGCCAUUUGCAACCUGCAUUCAAAAUGACCUACAGUGUUACAAACGUUUUGAGGAGACGCGUUUAAACUGAAACAAACAGUUCAGUAACGGGUGCAAAAAAUUUGACUGAUUGGAUCAGUUUAGAAAAAUGUCGGUUAUUUAUUUUGUGUAGCAUACGAUUGAUAAAUCAAUGCAAAAUAAACAUUUCCCCAAAAAUCUAACUGCUGGAAAAUAUGAUAAUUAUGGGAUUGGUUUUGGAUCAAAGGGACACACGCUUAUGAGUUUCCGGCCGCUGAAUCAGGGCCGGAAUACACCCUCAAAAUAAGGCCUUAUUAAAUACAUAUUUUUUUCCAUGAUGACAUAUUCACGUAAGAUCUCACUUGGUGAUGUCGAUAGGUGUGCAGAUGGAUGAAUGCAAUAACCAUGUCUAUGUCGGUAACAAGUACAGUCAUGGGUGGUAACUCUAGGAUUUACAUGAAAGGUACUCUAGGAAAUAUUUGAACAAGGCAUUACACUAAGCAGUGUUUUAAUUUAACACUGUUGUGGUGUCCCUAUGGGUCCACAGACUCGACACGCUCAAUGUUCAUUUUGUUUUCUGUUAAUGCUUGAGAAUUUUCUGUGUACGUUAUAAUAUACAGGUAAACACUACCUUUCAUUACCUUUGUAUUGUUCUACGAAAUACAAGCUGUGCACUUGUGUUCUGUAUUAUGAAUUUAUAACUAUAAAACAGCCUUAAACAAA